AUGGCUUCUUCACUGGCUUCCGACAAGCCAAGCUUGCCCGCACCUGGCGCAAAGCAAUACGACCCAUUCGUCACCAACACACCUGAAGCCGCACCAACAUCCGCGCCAGCUCAACACCGAUAUUCCAACUACGACCUGGACUUUUUCAUCACAGGCCCUUCUUCGCCAGAAUCUGCGAAGCGGGCUCUCACAGCUCAUUUACAGGAGACGGAGCGUCGCCUCGCAGAGGCAGGGAAACUGGGUAAUGCCCUCGUGGCCCAGCGCAAAGAACUCACCGAUCAGCUCAAGGAGAUUGAGAAAGUGAACAAUGAGGAAGAAUUGUCACAGGAGCUUCGCGAGCGAAUGGUUGGAAUCGAGAAGGAGUUUAACACACUAACUCGCGAGUCCGCCCGAAACUUGUUACCUAAACAGAGGGUUCCCAGCAACGAGGCGAACCCCAACUCCCCAUUUGCGCCCGAGACGAAAGCUGGCAGAUUACGAUCCGUCAGCCCGUCCAAAUUCGAGAGCCAAGCAACAGGAUCACCGACCAAGCUCACCGUCCCGAAUCGCAAGAUCCGCAAUCAGCCUUCAAACCGAGUUCACGAUAUCGAGUUCGCCGCCGAAAUCAGCACUUCUCUCAUUGCUCAGGUCCGCAACCUUCAAGGUGUACUGGCCGAGCGAGAUGAAGAGAACAAAGACCUCAAGGCCGACAAGGCUAGGCUUGAGCUUGAAUCCGAGGGAUUUCAGCAGCGCUUCAAGUCUCUCGAUGAGAGUGAGAAUCGUUAUAAGGAGGAAAACUGGAAUCUUGAGACAAAGCUGCAGGAGCUUAGUUCUCAACACAGAGAGGCAUUGGACCGCGAGAAGAAGCUCACUCAAUCCCUCAAUAUCAUCAAGACAGAGAAGGUUACAGUGCAGCGAGAGCUUGAUGAAGUCAGAGUGAACCACGCACGCCUGAUUGACCAACAUGCCGCCGCUGUCAAGCAACACGACAUUGAGCUUGGUACCGUCAAACGCAACAUUGCCAUGGCGGAGGGUGAACGUGCUGCCAUGCAACGCAGGAUCGAUGAUCUCACUGGCCAGAACCAAGAGCUAGCCAGGGCUUUCGCAUCCCAGCGUCGAACCGUCACAGAACUUGAGCCCAACAUCCGCACUAGCGACGAAGAUGUUGAUUCUUCUGCCGACCACCUUACACCUGAGCAUUCACCUCCCGUUUCUCCUAUCAAGGGCACACCUCGCCAUGCCAUGCUUGAGACCGAGACUAUGAAGUCGUCUCUCCACCACGCCCAACGAACGAUUCAGAGCCAGCGAGGUCUGUUGCACCGUGAGAAGACCGAGAAGCUUGAGCUCCGACGCAUCAUUCAGGACCUUCGCGAUGAUCUUGAGAAGGCACGAAGUGAUGGAGUUGAACCCAAGCCUACCCGACGAUCCCGCGCCAAGGAGACCAAGGACUUUAAGAAGCCUCCUCGCCUGCUUGGAUCUUUCCGUUCCAGCAGACAAGAGGUUAUCGUCGAUGACCAAGAGUGGGAAGAUCAGAGUGAGAUCUCGCCUCGAACUUCUGUCUCUCCUACGAACACCAGGAAGGCUUUGAGCAACAGCAGCCACACUAUUCUCCCAAGUAUUGAAUCCGCCGAUCCUACGGAUACUGAGCAGUUCGAUACCGCUAAUGAAGGUGGCGAAUCUGCUUUCGAGACUGCCAACGAUGAGCGUGCUACUGAGACUGAGGACUUCCAGACUGGCAACGAGGAGAUGUCAGGAAGCGAUGACACUGAGACUGAGGGCACCACCCGAGGCUUCGGUAACCUCAACGCCCCACGGUUGACUACUGGUUUCCCUCGUCACAGCAGUAGCCUCUCAUUGCACAGCACUGCAUCCACAUCGGGUGAGGAAGAUGACGUUAUUUCCAUCAACACCCCCUCUGGUACUAUCCGGUCUCAGAGGAGUAGCCGCUUCCGCAUGAGCCGUAGCAUCUUCAACCGCUCAAGACAAGUUAGUGAAGAGCCCAAUUUCCAGGGCAGCCCCGGUAGCUUCGCAAGCAGCCGUGAUGGAACUCCUCAGGGUGGCCAGAGCCUAUUCGCCGAGCUUCAGGACUUCGACGGUAGUGACGACGAUUCCGCUGGCCCUGGCACGCCUAGUCGUAUGCGUGCUCGUUCUAUGACUCCUGGUUCUAUCCGCCGUGCCUCUUCGCCUCGCCCUGCAGUACCUCCCAUCCCCAAGGUUAUCAUGGUCGAUAGUGGUGUGAUGACAGAGCCCGUCAAGAUCGUACCUAGACUCACAGCGUUCGAUACUACCCAGAUGAUCACCACCGGCGUGAUGACGGAUGAUGGAGAGGAGCACUAUGCUGAGUCUCCUGUUAGUGUUGUGACUGCCAAUCGACCCGGUUCCAUGCAGUCCGCCAUUGGAUCAUAUGGCCAACGAGCGCCUGCUUCUUGGCCAAUCGACGAACUCCCUGAGUCCCGUCCAACUUCUAUGAUCUACAGCGAUGCUGGUGCUCAGCACGACCCCGACAUGGAGCAAAAGCUGGCUCAGUUCCCGGCUCCUCCUUCCAUGCUACCUCCGAUUUUGCCCCCUACCUUGUCCAUGUCCUCCAUUGCAUCUGAGGUUGUUGAGCCUAGGGAAGAGAUUGAGGUGCCCCAAGUUCCUGCGGCCCUGAGCUUCACACCUCUGUCCAACCAGAGCGUUGAGCCUCUUGCUGAGCCUGAGACUCCUCCUCCUGCUCUUAGCCUUUCGUUGAUUAAGGCUGAAGACCUUACUCCCCGAGCGGAGCCCGAGGCUCCUCUGCCAGACCUGACCAUGACUUCGAUCAUCUCUGAACAUCUUGAGCCUCGUGCUGAGCCUAUUAUCCCUCCUCCUGCUCUUGCUUUGUCUGCCAUCGCCGCUGAGCACUUGGAACCGCUUGCCGAGCCUGAGAUUCCUCUUCCCGAGCUUAGCAUGUCUGGUAUUGUGGCACACAGCCUGGAGCCUAAGGCCGAGCCUCUGGCUGAUCUGUCCCUGACGGAGAUUGCCACGGAGCAAGUCGAGCCCAUUGCUGAGCCUGAGAUUCCCGCUCCUGCUCUGUGCCUCUCCACUAUCACGGCGGAAUCUGUUGAUCCUAUUGCCUCUCCACCCGUGGAGCCUGUCAUGUUUAUGGCACCACCUCCCGCUCUCUCCAUGUCUUCAAUCCUUGGCGAAUAUGUUGAGCCCAUCGCCCAGAAGAACCCAGAGCUUACCAUCUCUGGCAUCAAAGGUGAAGCCGUCGAGCCGAUCUUCGAGCCUGCCAUUCCGGCUCCUGAGCUUCUUAUGUCUACCAUUCGAAGUGAGCAUGUUGAACCAAUUGCGGAACCCGAGGCCGAGUCUGCCAUGCGCUCUGUUGUCGCUCCUGUCCCCGCCCUGCCCCUGGCCGCUACGCUGACCUUGUCUUCCAUUCGGGGAGAGGAUGUCGAGCCCGUUGCUACCAGAGCACCAAAGCUUGCCAUGUCUACCAUCUUCGGCGAGGGUGUUGAGCCUAUUGUCGAGCCUGUGGCCGAGCCUGUUGUGGCCGAGCUCAGCAUCUCAUCUAUCCAGGGCGAACAGGUUGAACCAGUUGUUGAACUGGCUGUCGUGCCCGAGCUUUCCAUGUCUGCUAUCCAGGGCCAGUAUGUUCAGCCAACUGAGCUGCCUGCUCCUGAUCUGGCUCUGUCUUCCAUUGCUGUCCAGUCCGUCGAACCAAUCAGCAAGCCAGAGAAGGUCGCUCCUCUGCCAUCCCUCAACCUGUCAACUAUCUAUGCUGAGGGUUGCGAACCAAGGGAGGAACUCCCACCCACCCCAACCACCCUCGUGUUUUCUGAUCUGUCAACACAGAACGUGGAGCCUGUGUCUCAGCCUGCGCCGCCUCUGGCUUUGUCUGGCAUCACCUCUGAGAACGUGAAGCCCGUGCUUGAAACCAUCCCCGCGCCGCCAACUCUGGUCAUGUCAUCGAUCUCCGCUGAAGGAGUUGAGCCUGUCAGCCCUGUUCAGAAGACACUCACACUGCCCUCUUUCGGAUUCUCAUCCAUCGAGUCUGUUGAAACUCUGCCCAUGUCUCCCCGAACCCCUAAGCGAGAUGGCUUUAUUCUUCCUCGCGACAUGAACUCGCCUUUCAUGGAGCGAGAUGUCCCCCAGACACCUGAGCACCAGACUGCUGGAGCCCUUAGCCGGGACGUUGACCAAGGGUCAUCGCCUUUCAUGGUCGAGGACGUGAACAGCCAGUCACCUAGCGAUGCUUCCGAGCCUGCCACGCCCGAUUCCCAGCGACCUUUCGACAAGCCUGUUGUUGUCAUGAACGACCAGGGUGCGCAGACAUCUCUCACUGCUGAUGUCAUCGACGCUAUGUUCAAGGCUCGUGCUCUGCCUGCUUUUGGUCUCGACAAGAACUUCAUUGCGAGCCCUGGAACUCCCGGAACCACUGGCACGACUGGUACUGUCAGAAUCCGCCGAUCACGAGAGAUGUUUGAGAGUCCUAUUCGACAGGAACGCGAUGCCGACGACGUGUUCGAUAUCAGCCCCAUGCGCCGUCCUGAUAGCUCUAGGAGUGGCAAGGCAUCCAUUCAAGACGCUCCUCCUCUGCCACCCAACCAUCGCCAGGUGAUCGAGGCUGCACGAUCACACUCCUCUCACGGAAUCCAGAGCAGCAUGGCACCACCUGCUUGGCCAGCUUCCGUCCUCAAGCAGAGACCCACCACCCCCGGAAAUGGAACCUCCGAGGUCUCAACAGCUCGUGCCACGCCUACGGCUCGUACUACUCGCAACCCUGUUAGCUACGGUGAGCUUGGGAGACAAUCACCGGCUAAGAUGUCCCGAAGAUCGUCUGUUUCCUCGUUUGUUUCAGAGCUUGACACCCGAUUCAACAUCCGUCCUGGCGAAAUGGGCAUGGAUCCUUCCGGGUUUGGACCUAACACGGAUCCCCGCAUGAUUCAGGCUAUCACCCAGACCAUGAUCGGUGAGUAUCUGUGGAAGUACACCCGCAAGACCGGCCGUGGAGAGAUCUCUGAGAACCGACACCGUCGUUACUUCUGGGUCCACCCAUAUACCAGGACUCUGUACUGGAGCGACCGAGAUCCUUCUGCUGCCGGCCGUACUGAGUUGAAGGCCAAGAGUGUUCCUAUCGAGGCUGUGCGUGUCGUUACCGACGAUAACCCUAACCCUCCAGGACUCCACCGUAAGAGCUUGGUUAUCAUUUCACCUGGCAGAACCAUCAAGUUCACCUGCACCACUGGACAGCGACACGAGACAUGGUUCAACGCGCUCUCAUAUCUCCUUCUCCGCACUAACAAUGAACAAGCUAAUGUCGAGGAUAUUGCGGAGAACUUCACACGCGAGGACGUGGACGAAUUCAACCCCCAGUUUGGUCAACGCCCAGCCAACGGAACACGAUCUAGAGCGCCCCCUUCUCUGUCGUCCUACAACUCCCGCACAACCCGCAAUGAGUCGCCUGCUGUUGGCAUGUCCAUGAACAUCCCGACUUUGACGCCCAAGGGUCACCCACAGCGUCCUGGCACGCUAAGCAAACUGAGCGGUUACUGGAAGGGCAGCCAGCUGUCUGGCACUUUCUCUACCCUACGUGGUCGUGGUGUUAGUGCUCAGGAUGUCAACAUUUACGAAGCCAGCGAGGCACAUGAUAGUGCUGAGGAUGUGAGGGAGAUCAUUGAGCGGCAGGAUAGGGACGCUGACCGUCUCGAGAAUGUCCGCGCAUGCUGCGAUGGCAAACACGAUGUCGGAACUCUUCACCUUACCUCUAAGCAAGGCCGUCAUGGUAGUACCCAUACGCACGCACAUCCUGCUCGUACACAAUCUCAUGCUACCAUGUCUUCUGUACGCUCUCGAGUUUAA